UGUCUCUGAGAGUCAACUCUCCACCAUGUCCAUGACAGAUCUGUCAUCAUCUUUUUCUGACUCCACCUUGAAGCAGUUGUGUUCUCGCUCUGUUGUUGCUCUGGUAACUGCCUGUCAAGCAAUCAAAACAGAGCUCGAGAACCAGAGACCUACCAACCUGGCAGCCAGAGACCUACUAUCGUCUCUGGUAGAGACCAUUGAGGACAUGGAUAUCUCUGACAUCCUCCAGGGCCCGUCGGCCAUUUUGGAGGAGGCUGCUGUGAUAAAGCACCCAGAGAUGUCCACCUCGACAAUAUACAGAUCUCUGCUUCUCGACUCAUCUCUCGCCUCCUCUAAGAUGGUCACUGAGAGCAUUAUCUUCAACAACCCAUGCCCAUCAGAGGAGAAUGUGAGUAUUCAGAAGGAGCUCCCUGCUGAUAAAGUUGACAUCCUCCAUGGUCAACCAGUGGAGGAGUAUAUUGUCAAAGCUGAGCAAUGCAUCACUCAGGUCAUUCAGGAUGCAGCUGUGACAUAUACUGCUGCGCUGGAUAAAACCGACACUUGUGGGAAACUGUCGGAAAUCCUAUCUGUCCAUGUUUCCUCAGAGAAUAUUGAGGAGGCAUCCUCUGAUCUCUUUGGUGGAAUUAUUUCCGACCUGCUUGAGGUAUAUGAGGUCAAUAAGGCCUCCAUGCGUACGAAAUCAGGUCGCAAAAUGUUCUGGGUGGAAGUGAGUUCAGGUUCCCAGAAGAUUUAUACCAAAACCCUGGACAAACUAAGGAAGCUGUUCACCUCCCACCAUCUCACUGAGGGAAAAAAUACUCCUGUGCAAAUCGAGCUUUCUGCAACUGGACUACUUGUAACUGAGGCCACUGUGGAGGAAUCUCCUGUAACUGAGGCCACUUUGGCAGUGUCUCCUGUACAGAAGACAGACAGUAAGACCCCUUCUAAGUCCUCAGCCUCAGCCUACCAGCUCACCCUCGACACCUGCACUAAAGGGGUAAUCAAACAGGUGAUCUCGGUGCUGAGGGUGGACACUUCAAAGGAAGACUUCUCCGCUUCCGUUGGGGAAAGCACGUCAAAUUCAUCCUUCGACUUCAACCAGAAGUUGGACUCGAUAAUUUCGAAAUUGGAGGACCUCACCAUUUCGAGUGAUGUGACGUCAGCCGAGAUUGCCACACUCACGCGAUCUCUUAGUGCAGCCAGCAGAACCUCUAACAUUUCCAUCCAGAGCUUUCACAGUGCUGAGUUCCGAGCUAAGGCCAAACACAUUGUGAGUGAGACCAUUCUCAGAGCUGCUAGCAAAGCCAGCCAUUCUUUGCUACAGAGCAUGCCUAGCACCACCUUCUCACACCAUGCGGUUUCUACAGCCGAAGAUAUAGUAAAUAUUAUCAUGCAAGACCUUGAAAGUGUAUCCCAGUACACUGUGGACGACGCAGACUCCUUCCCACUAGGAGAGAAAAAGCUGGAGUUCCAGCUCAAACCCAGAGUUGUAUUUGACAACUUAUUGGAUGCUGCUCAAACCAUGUACCACAGAGUAAAGGAUAGACUGAACAUCUUUUUCUCUUUUCCACCAGUGUUAGUCACCACAGCCAAAUAUGUGCUGGACUCCACCCCUGUGGAGACACUCAGACGUUCUAAGUCCGCUGACACUGCUCUUGUUGAGGACAGGAGCCGCCCUCCGUCUGUGAGAAGUGAGAAGCCUUUGUCAAAAGUCUGUUUGGCUAAAAGUCUAAAGCCCUUGUGUCUUCGAGUGGCUCUUCAACAGACCACCAUAUAAUUGACACAUGCAGUGAGGAUGUCACUCUGCCCACCAGGAGUAUGUCAGUUGUGAGCAACAACAGUUUGAAGAGAGCCUCUCCUCUCCACGGCAGUGGAUUGAGUGAAAGUUGCAAACCUCUUGUGGCUCUAAAAGACGUAACAGUGGCAGUCAGCCAAGAAGGCUUUAGCAAAACUGCAAAGAAGACGCUCAGCUUGAUCCUAAAUGUGAUCAAGUGUAGAGUGGCCAACUCUGAGAGUUCAUCUGUUGGGCAGAUUGCAAGUGAGGAGUGUCUGAUAGCCACUAACAUGUUAGACUCUGUACUGGAGAGCCUUGACCAGUUGCCUGACAUGAGCGCUGCCGAUGAGAUCACAAGGACAGAAUCCCAUACCUCUAUCGCAAUGGACGAGACAGGUUCACGGUCAACGCUUGUGAGCCAACAAGAAAUAAACAUAUCUGAUACCAAUAUCAUAGUGAAAACUAUAAUGGACACAUUGAAGACGGACGACCCAGAGAUGACUUCAGCAGAAGAACAUCUGGAUAGGCUCCUGUCAGUUGAAGCCCUUCAAGGUGCGUCUGGCAACCUGAUCGCAAAGGUCCAUGGUCUCAUUCAGGAGAUAACCAUAAACCGCCAGCUUCAAUCCAUGGUUGGCCACAGAAGCCUCUCUCAACCAGCGCUGCCUAAACCAGCCUUGAGGAAGCUGUCAAAGGACGAUGCCUCAGAGCUCAUUUACAACUUUGCCCAGACUUCUGUUAGGAGACUCCUGGGGCAGUGUAUGGGAGGGCCUAUGCCACCCUCGGCUGAAAUGGUUUUGGAUCAGGUCAUCAAGUUGAUGACAGACGUGGUGAUCGACAGCCUGACUUAUGUGUCCAAGUCUACAAUGGAGGAUGUUAUUGUACACAGGUCGGUCACACUAGCGUGCUCUUCUCACUCAGACACCAGCAAUGCCACAAGUGACAUCACUCAUGGUGUUGUAGCUGACCUUAAUGCUACUGAGGAAUUCCCUGCCAGGAGCCUUAGCCCGGCUGAUGUAAAGGCUGACGGCAUGGCCCGCCUUCCCUCUGCCAGAGGGGAAGAGACUAAGAAGAACAGGAAGUGGCGUUUCCUACCGAAAAUGCAUAAGUUUCCAAAGAUCAUGAUUAAGCUGUUCAAGACAAAAGGGGAACCGAAGAGCCACCCUAAACAGGAUGCACUGCCUACCAAACGUCUCAGAGAGACUCAUAUUUCUCAGG